GGCGCCGCGCCGGCUCCGCUAGCGCCGCACACAGACAAUCAGCUACGAUCCUUGCCUGCACAGAGGAUUUAAAAUCAACGGCAAAUUGCUGAAGAAUUGCACUUCAAGUGGUCUCGAGACAGGAGAAGCAGGUCUUCACUAUAAUGGAAGAGGCCAAGAGCUCAAAGAAUGGAAAUCAUGACCCAAGGAAGUCUGUCCGUCUUGUCUGUGAGGAAGGCAAAACAGUCAAAGUUACAAUUAAUCAAAAUUAUAAAUUUAAUAGAAAUGACAAAUCUGCGAAGGAUGUCGGGAGAAGUUCUCCAAGUGGGAAUAGCAGCAGAAAAAGUAAACAAAAUGAUGUUUGUUCUGAAAAACAAGGAGAAAAUAAAUCAUGCAAAGUAAAUAGUUGUAUUCCUGGAACUAAAGAUUUGGGAUCAAACGUUCAGGAUCGAAGUCAUGGAAAAGCUAAAAAAUUUUCUAAUUUAUCAUCAGCAAUGGAAAACCUGAAACAGACAAAAGCCCAACCAGUGGGAGAAAACGCUCCAGGCUCCCAUGUUUCAGGGAAUGGGGUCACUAUGGAAAGCUUAACAGCUACUCAGAAAGGGAAACUGGUGCUGGAAAAUCCAGUGGGAGUUCAUACUUUGAAGACUAGUGUUGAUCAGGCUGGUGAUCCUGGUAAGACUGCUGCAGAUCAAAGAAAAAUGGAACAUAAGCCUGAUGACUUCAGUAAAAUAAAGAAUUCUGAAUCAACAAAAGAACAUGCAUUGGAAGCGGAUUAUUUAGAAAACACUGGUGUUAUUGAUGAAUCUAAUCUGACAGUUGAACAGCAACUAGGAUUGAAACAAGCUGAAGAACGUCUGGAAAGAGAUUAUAUCUCCCGACUUGAAAAACGUUCCCCAGAAUACACCAACUGUCAGUAUCUAUGCAAGCUCUGCUUAGUCCACAUUGAAAAUAUCCAGGGAGCCCACAAGCAUAUUAAGGAAAAGCGUCAUAAGAAAAAUAUAAUGGAAAAGCAAGAAGAAAACGAGCUGCGGGCGCUUCCGCCACCCUCGUCUGCACAGUUGGCUGCUCUGAGUUUCACUCUCAUCGAGGCAGCGAAUGAACAAGGCAUCUCAGAUGAGGACUUCAGAAUUCGGCAAGAGAUCGUAAACGAGAUGGAGAAAAUUAUUCAACAGCCCUUACCAGACUGUUCCCUGAGGAUGUAUGGCUCCUGUUUAACUAGAUUUGCUUUUAAGACCAGCGAUGUUAACAUUGAUAUCAAAUUCCCCCCUAAGAUGAGUCAACCAGAUGUUCUGAUUCAGGUGCUUGAGAUCUUGAAGAACAGUGCUGUCUACUCAGAUGUGGAGUCGGAUUUCCAUGCCAAAGUUCCUGUUGUCUUUUGCAAAGAUGUUAAAAGUGGUUUGACGUGCAAAGUAAGUGCUAGGAAUGAUGUGGCUUGCCUUACAACUGACCUGCUGGCUGCACUUGGUAAACUGGAGCCUGUCCUGAUUCCCUUGGUUUUGGCUUUCCGCUACUGGGCUAGACUCUGUCACAUUGACUGUCAGGCUGAAGGUGGAAUUCCCUCAUAUUCCUUUGCCUUAAUGGUGAUAUUUUUUCUUCAACAAAGAAAACCACGUAUUUUACCAUCCUAUUUGGGCAAUUGGAUUGAAGGCUUUGAUUCAAAGAGGCCAGAUGACCACCAGCUGAAAGGGGUGGAAGAUGAAGAAUUUGUAAGGUGGGAGUACAAACCACCCACAAAUGGUGCAACAAAAAACUCUGUUGGAGCAGAAAGCAAAGCUAAAGUUGAACAACAAAAAGGUGGUGGCAAGAAGGCAACAAGCUCAGAAGUGGACAACCAAAGCAAUGCAAAAGAGAAACAUGGGAUUUCUCUCUUAGCAUUCAAAACCCCUCACCAAGUUUCACUGGGGCAACUGUGGUUGGAACUUUUGAAGUUUUACACACUGGAGUUUGCUUUGGAGGAAUAUGUCAUCAGCAUACGGGUACAAGAGCUCUUAACCAGAGAGAAUAAAAACUGGCCUAAGAGGCGAAUAGCCAUUGAAGAUCCUUUUGCACUAAAGAGGAAUGUUGCACGAAGUCUAAAUAGCCAGAUGGUAUUUGAGUACAUCCUGGAGCGAUUUAGGACAGCAUAUAAAUAUUUUGCAUGUCCACAAAGUAAAGAUGGGAUUAAAUCCAAGCCAGAUACCAAGAAAAAAGAAAAAGGGAAAAUGAAUAAUAAGAAAUCUGCAAGACCUGAAGAGCCUGUAGCAAACUGUUGCCUUCCACAAGGGGAAGAUGUUGUAGAUAAAGAAGUUACAGGAAGUGGAUGUAACAUACCAGAGAAUGAAAUUGAAUGUAAUAAAGUGGUAGAAGCUGAAGCCAAAAGAUGUACUUCCCAGAACAUGGACCCUUUGCUCCUUUCAGCAUUGGACUCUAGCUAUGAUGAAGACAAAGAAGAUGCUUUAUCCCUUAUUUCUAACGAAUGCUGUGAAUUAAAGGAAAAAUCACCUAAAGAAAGGGAUGAUUUAGAAAUUUCAGUGUGUCUAACUGAGGGUGAGCUCAGCCACCACUGUAACUGCAGUGCACAUCAGCCUGAUGACACAAAUUCCAGUAAUGAGUUUUCUGAUGCUGAAAGUAGGCAGAGUUUGGUACUGGAGCCAUCUCUACACAUGAAGUGCACUGGCACCCCAGCUACCUCGGCCAGCUGCAAAGCAAUGCUGGAAACCCAGGAUCUCAAAGAGGAAGGCAGACUCUCAGCAGAAGAAAUGCAUUAUGUGUUUGAUAAGUUUAUUUUUACUUCAGGAAAGCCACCAACUAUAGUAUGCAGCAUCUGCAAACGUGAUGGACAUUCCAAAAAUGAUUGCCCAGAGGAUUUCAAGAAAAUUGAUCUAAAACCACUACCACCAAUGACAGACAGAUUUCGGGAAAUACUUGAUAUAGUGUGUAAAAGAUGUUUUGAUGAAUUAUCCCCUCCUUUAUCUGAGCAACAAAACAGAGAACAAAUACUGGCAAGUUUGGAGAGAUUUAUUCGAAAAGAGUAUAAUGACAAAGCUAGGCUUUGCUUGUUUGGCUCCUCAAAGAAUGGAUUUGGAUUUCGGGACAGUGAUCUAGAUAUCUGCAUGACAUUGGAAGGUCAUGAAAAUGCAGAGAAAUUAAACUGUAAAGAAAUAAUAGAAGGUCUGGCAAAAGUUCUUAAGAAGCAUCCAGGUUUGAGGAACAUCUUGCCUAUAACAACAGCCAAAGUGCCUAUAGUAAAGUUUGAACACAGGCGGAGUGGCUUGGAAGGAGAUAUCAGUUUGUACAAUACACUGGCACAGCAUAACACAAGGAUGCUGGCUACCUAUGCAGCUAUUGAUCCUAGGGUGCAAUAUCUGGGCUACACAAUGAAAGUCUUUGCAAAGCGCUGCGAUAUUGGUGAUGCAUCCCGUGGUAGUCUGUCUUCGUAUGCCUAUAUUCUUAUGGUUUUGUACUUUCUACAGCAGAGGAAUCCACCAGUUAUUCCAGUUCUUCAGGAGAUAUUUGAUGGCAAACAGAUUCCACAAAGAAUGGUGGAUGGAUGGAAUGCGUUUUUCUUUGAUGACAUGGAAGAAUUGAAGAAGCGUCUGCCUUCUCUUGGGAAGAAUACUGAAUCUCUUGGAGAGCUGUGGCUGGGGCUGCUGCGGUUCUACACUGAGGAAUUUGACUUCAAGGAAUACGUGAUCAGCAUCCGGCAGAAGAAGCUGUUAACCACCUUUGAGAAGCAGUGGACAUCCAAAUGUAUUGCCAUUGAAGAUCCUUUUGACUUGAAUCAUAAUCUGGGUGCUGGAGUCUCUAGGAAAAUGACCAAUUUCAUAAUGAAGGCAUUUAUCAAUGGGAGAAAAUUAUUUGGUACCCCAUUCUACCCAGCUGUUGGAAGAGAAGCUGAAUACUUUUUUGACUCAAAAGUGCUGACAGAUGGGGAGUUGGCACCCAAUGACAGAUGUUGUCGUGUCUGUGGAAAAAUUGGUCACUACAUGAAAGAUUGUCCAAAGAGGAGGAGGUUGAAGAAAAAGGAGAAUGAGAAAGAUGAUGAAAAAGAGGUGAAAGAAGAUGACAGAGAAACAAGAGAGAAAAGGUGUUUCAUCUGUGGGGAUGUGGGUCAUGUUAGGAGAGAUUGUCCUGAAUUCAAACAAACCCGUCAGAGAAAUAAUAGUGUGCCAGGCACGCAGCUGGUGCGGAGCAUGGUAAAUUCCCAGCUGGUGGCUGUGGGCCAGCAGCAGGUGGAGCGACCCCUGCGCACCAGGCAGUCAUCAGAAUGUUCUGAUUCGCAUCAGUCAUCUUACUCUCCACAACCUCAGCAAUUCCCACAGAAUUCCUCUCAGCCAGCCUCCAUUAACCAGACUCAGCCACAAUCAAUAUCCCAGUCUAAGCACGUUCCUCAGCCACAGCAGGGUGCACAGCCACCCCAUCAGGUCCAGCUGCCUUUGUUUAACUUUCCCCAAUCUCCCCCAGGUCAGUAUUCCACCUUGCAUAACCUGGGACUACUUCAGAUGCACCAUCACCACCAAAUUCAGCUUCCCAACACUUCUUGGCCUAUUCAUGGGCCUGUUAUUCACUCUGCACCGGGUAACCCUCCUCAUUCUACAAAUGUUCCAUUUUCUAUGAGAUCUGGCAGCAGCAGCACCACAAAUAACCAGAGCAGUGUAAGCUUGAAUGAUCCCAGUAUCAUCUUUGCACAGCCUGCUGCCAGGCCCAUGGGAAUCCCCAGCACUUCUCAUGAGGGACACUGGCACAAUCCUGUGACUCCAAACUCACUGGUGAACAAUGGCACUGUGGGGAAUUCAGAUGCCAUUAAAGUGAAUGCACAGUAGAGAUGAGCUGUCUCCUGUCUGUUUGAAGCAUGGUUUCAUACCUCCUCAGGACAGUUUGACAACAGUAAGUUUGAGGAAACUUUGUCCUGGCUUGACUUGAAAGGAGCUACUUUAAUUUUCUUUUCAGUAGAUAACUGGUCAGAAGUAGGAUCAUUAGAAAUAUCAAGAGAGACAACUCUUUUUCAUGCAUACUCCAGAGCUGUGCCUCAUGCUGUGGGUCCUGCCUCCUUGGAUGCUUGAUUUCUCAUCCUUAAUGUUGCAGUGAUAUCAGAAUUGUAAAUGGAGUAGCCUUACAAUUUGUAUAUUUAUUUCCAAAGUUUAUAUUUUUCUCUCUAAAAAUAAUUUUUAAGUCAGUCCAGUGAUCUAGAUAGCAAGUUUCUUAAGCAUGUAAGUAUUGGUGGAAUUCCAGUGUCCAUCUGAGAGUUAUUUCUUGCAGUAGGAUAAUAGCUUUCCUGUCACAGCUCUGUCAGUGAUAGUGGAUAUUUGUGUGGGAUCAGACAGUAGUUCUGAACAUUGUUCAGACCUUUUAUUUUUCAUCAUGAGAAAGUCAUAAAAAUAGUGAAAUCACAGCUCUUGAUUUUAAUGUUGAUUCAUCCUCUCUCUUCCCAAUAAUUCUAUUAUAGUGAAUAAUGAAGUAAUUUAGGUGGUAAUUUUUACUGAUGUAUAUUAAAAAAAAAGUAGCUCAUCAGACUGAUCACAUUAAGUCCCCUGCAAACUGUUAUUUAAGAUGUAAAUUGUAUUUGUGACUUACUGUUUAAUUAUUUCAACUUGCAAUGUGCUUUUCCCUUUCAAUUGAAAAAUAGAUCAGGGUUUCCAAGGACAGUUUGGUAAAAUGAACCCUCCUUCUGUCCCUUGGGACCAUGGGACCCCUACCCAUUUUCCUCUCCUCCGAGGAG